AUGUUGAACCGAUGGAGAUUUCUGGUGGUGACGCUGUUCACCUACUGUCUAACAGUUGAACGUGUGUCAACAUGGUUGAUACGUAGUGGUGAACCUGUGCAACAACGCACUGAAUUCCCGUUCAUCGCAUUUUUGACCACAGAGAGAACAAUGUGUACAGGCUCAUUAGUGUCAACAAGGGCAGUGCUCACAGCUGGUCAUUGUGUUUGCUCACCGCUGCCAGUCGUUCGGGUUUCAUUUCUCACACUGAGGAAUGGCGACCAACAAGGCAUCCAUCAUCAACCGUCUGGAGUGGUGGUAGCACCAGGAUAUAUGCCCUCUUGUAUGUCGGCACGACAGAGGAGACCAAUCAAACAGACACUCAGUGGAUUCGACAUUGCAAUUGUAUCGCUCGCUCAAUUGGUCAACUUACAGACUGGAAUCAGAGUGCUCAGUCUGCCACAGCCAACGGAUAUACCGAGACCUGGAACUCCGGUUUUCAUUGUUGGUUAUGGAAGGGAUGAUAACGACCGUGAUCCACAACGUAAAAAUGGUGGAAUUUUAAAGAAAGGUCGAGCGACUAUAAUGGAAUGCCGACACGCGACCAAUGGCGAUCCUAUUUGUGUGAAAUCAGGUCAGAAUUUCGGACAGUUACCCGCUCCAGGUGACAGUGGUGGACCUCUCCUUCCAUCCCCUCAAGGUCCAGUACUCGGUGUCGUAUCACAUGGUGUCACACUGCCAAACCUUCCCGAUAUCAUUGUCGAGUAUGCCAGUGUGGCUAGAAUGUUGGAUUUUGUACGCUCCAAUAUUUGA